GCCACAAUGCUCCUGAAACAGAGACUGCAAGCAUUCCUCCCCAGACUUCUCCUCCAGAUGAAGUCACUGCCAAAUACCAGCUGCGAUGCUCCAGUCGAAAUUGGGUUCAAGUUCCAGCUAUUGGCGCAGAACAAACAAUUAAUCUUUGACUCUGGUUUUGAUGACUAUAAUGAAGAGACCAUCCAGAAGUUCUUAGGGGCACAGACCACUGUGGACACCUACAUGAAUGCAGACUUUUUGCAGGCACUUGAGGAGAACUUCUUUAAUGUGACUUCUGCUAAAGUUAAGGUUCUGUUAGUAUUUUCAGAUGGGCUGGAUGAUUCACUGGAAGACCUGAAGAAAGCAGCAGACUCACUUCGCUUUAAAGGUCUUGAUGCACUUCUGUUAGUUGGCCUGGACAAUACACAGAACUUGACUGAAUUUUGGGAAAUAGAGUUUGGCAGAGGGUUUGGAUACAAUGAACCUCUGAGUGUUGGGUUUGCAGAUAUUGCAAACAUUUUGCAGAGAAAUCUUGAUACUAUUGCAGAGAGAAAAUGCUGUAAGGUUAUUUGUAAGUGUCUUGGAGAAAAUGGUGAUCAUGGUAUCCGGGGAAAUCCUGGAAGGAAGGGAAGUACAGGUUACAGAGGAUCUCCUGGCCAUCCUGGUGAGGAAGGUGGGAUUGGGGAGAGAGGCCCAGCUGGUUUCAGUGGGACUCAAGGAGACAGGGGAUGUCCAGGUGUCAGAGGCCAUAAGGGGGCCAGAGGCUAUAGAGGAAGUCAGGGUGAACAUGGCGAGAGUGGAUUUGAUGGCACUGAUGGAGAGCAGGGCAGAAAAGGCCCCAGAGGAGAACCAGGUGAACGAGGAGAAUCUGGACUAAGAGGAGAUCAUGGAGAUCCUGGGGCUAACAAUAAUGUUACUGGCCCUAAGGGUGAAAAGGGAAACCUAGCAUCACAGGGUGCAGCAGGUCGAAGAGGCCCUCCAGGUAUAAAGGGUGAGCAAGGAGAUCUGGGAGAAACAGGUUACCCAGGAGAAACUGGUCUUCCAGGCCCCCAGGAUGGAGAAAGCAUGCCUGGUUGA